CAUAACCUCUCAAUAUCUUCCCUCUCUCAACCUAACCACCAAAUCAACACACACCUAUACAUACAUUACAUACAUAUAAAUAUAUGGCUGACCCUCCUCCUCCAAUUGACAUGUGCCCAGUAGGCCAAUCACACAUUGACCCCCCUCCUCCUCCUCCUCCUCCUCCACCACCACCACCUAAGGCCACCAUGAGCUCCACCUCUUCCUCGAGCGGCUCACUGGAUCGCCCAGCCCGCGGUAAACACCCAAUAUACCGGGGAAUACGGAGCCGGAGUGGAAAAUGGGUGUCGGAGAUUCGUGAGCCACGUAAGACUACUCGUAUAUGGCUCGGGACCUACCCGACCCCGGAAAUGGCAGCUGCAGCCUAUGACGUGGCGGCGUUGGCUCUUAAAGGAAGUGAUGCCGUCCUUAACUUCCCCAAUCACGUUCAUUCGUACCCGGUGCCGGCUUCUUCGUCCCCGGCUGAUAUACGUGCUGCUGCCGCCACUGCCUCCACGUUGAUGAGAUCGGAGGCCGGUGAAAACCCGGCUGCAGAGCAAGAGGAAUCUGGUGAUAGGACUAGUAAUGUUGUGGGUACGAUGUCUGGAGUGUCUGGAAAUGAGUUUAUGGAUGAGGAGGCACUUUUCGAUAUGCCUAAUUUGCUGGUGGACAUGGCUGGGGGAAUGCUGGUGAGCCCUCCAAGGAUGAAUUCACCGCCGUCUGAUGAUUCGCCGGGAAAUUCUGAUGGGGAAAGUCUCUGGACCUAUGAUUAACAAGUUUUCUUAAUCAUUAUCCAAUCUGAUCAAAGAAAAAACUUCAAAAAAAUAAUUUUGACAAAAAAAAAAAAUGGGCAGCUUUAAUGCCUGAUUGUUCACCUGAGUAGUUUUUAGAUGAGUGGGGUUAGAACAAAAAUAUAAUCAUGCAGUGUAUUUUUAAGUUUUUAACACUGGUUAUAUAAAAAAAAUAGGGGUAGGGGUUAUAGUGUAAAAGGCUGUUGUUGGGUCAUCAUCAUGUACUAUAUAUAUAUAUAUAUAUUGUUAUAAGUAGUACAAUGAUUUUUCAA